AUGAAUAAUACACCCUCACGAAUUAAAAGCAAUCACAUUGAGUCUCCGAAAACGCCGGGUGGUAUUAGUAAAUCAUUGCUGACUCCUUGUAGACGAGUGGGUCUCUCUCGAAAUUGGAGGAAAGGCUCCGUUUCACCCUUCGUAUCACCUUUAUCUGGUUCAAAUUCCAAUGUUAACACAGAAAAUGAAUUGAAGAAAAGAAAGAAAUGUGAUGAACCUGAUAAAGACCCUAUUGACAAAGAAGAUACUCAUGUAUGUGGUAAUCAGACACUACACGAUACUCCUUCAAGAACUCUCCCAGCUCGGAAAAGAUCGAAAACAUUGGUUUUAAGUAGCCAAGAUAAUGAAAAUGAAGUAUUUACUGAAUCACAAGAAGAUAUAAAUAAGUCUACUUCUAAUUUGAAUACCCUUGAUGAUAGUCAUUCCUUAGAACAGGUUUCAAAAGGCAAUACAGAACAAUCUUCCAAUAAUGUAACAAUAGUAUCAAAAUUGAAGCAAAAAAAUAAGUCUGUUUCUAAAAGUAACACUUCAAGUAAAACUUUAGUAAGUGAGGAACAUGCCAAUCAUUCAAAGUCAGAACAAAACAUAAUUAACUCAAAUAAAACAGAAGAUACAAGUUGCGAUAAUUUAAAAAAUAUAAAAAAAUCUCCUAACAAUUUAACACGAGAAUGUAUGGUUGUAAUUCAGAAAAAUAUAUUAAAAAGUGAUGUACCUUCCAAUACUAUAAAUGAUAAAAAUUCAUCACAGCUAUCAAAUAUUUCUGAUGAUGAUGUUCCACUUUCACAUUUAGGCUCCAAAGAUGAUGAUUUUAAAGACAAGAAUGACUGCAUCAAAAACGAAAACUUUGUCAAGAAAUUGGACAAAACUACUUCUGUUACUGGCUUGAAAGUCAAAAGUAAAACUAAAGAAAAGAAACCCCAUAAAAAAACAAAAAUUAUGCCGACUAAACUAUCAUCGCAGAGCUCCGGUACUGACGAUGAUGAUUUUAAAGUAGAUAAACGAACAAUACUCAUUAAAAAGUCCUACAGCAAAAUUUCCAAGCCCGUUAAAUCCAAAUCUACCGGCUCGAUAACACAAUCAGAUAUAGACGAUCUCCAAGCAAGAAUUGAUAGGAAAAAGAAUAAAUUGCUGGCAAAAGCUAUGACGAGUGAGACCGAGGAAUUGAGAAGUCUCAUUAAAAAGUGGCAAACGGGUUGCCAGAAUGCAUUAACUGAAUUAUUUGAAUUGAUGAAGGCCAAAAUGCCGGAACGUUCUAUGGCAUAUUCGGAUAUAUUGAAAAUGUUUAAAAUACCUUCAGAUUUAGUCGGUUACGAUUCAGAAAAUGAUUGCUUUGUUUCACCACAGGAUACAAAUAUUAUUUUAUCCGGUCUUAAUCUUAAUGAAAUUUAA